UUCCAAGCGGAAGUGGCUGAGCAUAUAGUAUGAACCGAAGGAAAGAAAAUUAACGCAAAGAUGGAUUUUGUUACACUCCCACGGACAAAUUUGAAGGUGUCUCGCAUCUGUUUAGGAUGCUGGCAGAUGAAUGGCAACAAUGCCAACAUCAACUGGGACGCACAGCCGUAUGAAACCUCGAAGGCCUGUGUUGACAAAUGUCUAGAACUCGGUAUUAACUUCUUCGAUACAGCAGAGGGAUACGCUGGUUCAGAGGAGGUUCUAGGAAGAUGCCUUCUAGGUCGUCGCCAGGACGCCAUCAUAGCAACCAAGUUUGGUUUCCGAGAUGGUAUUGGCACCCCAGCAUACUCAGCUGUGCAGAUUGAUGAGGCCAUCACUAAGAGUCUUAGAAAGCUGCAGACAGACUACAUUGACCUUCUUCAGGCUCACUUCCCGAGUUUCAUCUCUAACACAGAGGAGGCCAUCACAGAGUUGAAGAGGCAGGUCUCCCUAGGCAGGAUCAGGAGUUGGGGGGUGUGCAACUUUGGACCCAAAAACCUCAAGUCCUUGAUUGACAUGGGAGAAAUUCCAGUCAGUAACCAAAUAGGUUACAACCUACUAUGGAGAUCCCCAGAGCGGGAGGUGAUUCCUAUAUGCAAGGACAAGGACAUAGCGGUCCUGGCCUACAGCCCUCUACAGCAGGGGCUGCUCAGUGGCAACUACAUGACCUUGCAGGAUGUACCAGAGGGCCGGAGGAGGGGAAAACUGUUUGCACCAACAAGCACAGAGAAGAGCAGGCAUGGACAACCAGGCUGUGAACCAGAAAUGUUUGAGGCCCUACAUGCCAUGAAGGAUUUGUGCACCAAGGCUGAUGUUCCGAUGGCAAAGGCUGCCCUGUCUUGGAUUCUGCAGCAAGAGAUACGGCCGGUGGUCAUCGUUGGCUGCAGCUCACCUGAGCAGGUUGUAGACAACUACAAUGUGAUGAAGAUAACUGAUGAGCUCAUGCACCAGUUGUCAUUGGUUACAGAGAAGGUUAAGGAGAAGCUUGGGACCACCAUGGAUCAGUGGAUGCACCCUGACAGAUGUGAAUGACCCUGUCACCCCCAUCACAGCUCGAUAAUGGUUACAUUCGGCACUGUGACACCUCUGCGUUAUAAUGAAUACCUCAAAUAUUAACACCAGAUAAAAACUGUGGGUGGUGACACCCCCUGCCUGAUAAUGAAUGCUUCCAUUUUUAACACUAGAUAGGGACAAUGGAUGGUACAUGACACAUAUUUAAGUAAUUUGAGCCUAAUUCUGCGAAAAUACUUUCAGCGUAAGUGGUCUUCAUUGAUUAAAGGAAGUCUCUUCUUUACCAAAAUCCAUUUCAAGCAGAAAGUGUUGUCCCUGAUAAGCCUGUGCAGACUGCACAGGCUUAUCUGGGAUGACACUUUACACUCAUGUACUAAGCCCAGUGUUUCCCCAAACCAAGACUCAUUUAUAAAAUACAUUCACUUAUUCCUAUGCGUCUAAAAUUGGGAAAACAUCAUUUUAGUCAUGACAUUUUAAUGUAUUAUUUUAUUAAAAACGUUUUUUCUUCUGAGCAUUACUUAUUAUUGAUUUUCCAGAUUAAAGCCCAAGUCGAUUAGGUUAUAAGAAAAAUGGGUUGUUUUUUAAUAUUUAAUUCCAUAAUACAAUCAUAUGAAACUUUACAAAUUAAAAUCAAUAUUUAUAUUUGAAAUAUUGUACACUGAGAAACAUGGGUUCAAUAUUUAUUGUAAUAAAAUAAUGCUCCAGAUAAUUUGUCAUGAUGUUAGUUUUUAAUUUCAAUUUUUGUGUUCAAAUAGUUUUGUUUUAUUAAUCCAAAUGGUAGCUUCAAUUUGAAGCAUCUAUAUCUGAUAUGUGGUUAGGUGUUUUAAUCAAGCAGGAUUUGAUUGUUUAUGUGAUUCUAUAAUUGAUUGUUUACGCUAAUUAUUUGCAGUCGUUUACUGUUCUGUGAACAGAUUGCCAUAAUAUUGAUUUGAUGUAUGUGUACUUAUUUGUACUUAUAUAAAUAGCAAAUUAUAUGUAAUUAAUGCAAAUUGUGAACUAAUAAAGGUGCAUAAUGAAA